AUGUAUAAAUAUUCUGCGUCAACUUCACCAACUCUUUCCGCAAGAACCUCACAUUCUCUCACUCAUUCAAUUAGAACAGCUGAGGCGACUUCUGGUAAAAUGGUCAUUCUUACUCGUGCUGAUAUACGUGCCUCACUUGAAGCAUAUGAACAGCUUUUGGCUUCUGCAAAGAUAUACAGGAAUCAAAUGAUAGCUCUUUCACAGGCCACCGCUAAUUUUGGUCAGUCAUUGGAAAGAAUUGCUCGUUGUAAAGGAGCUUUAGAAGAUGGACCAAAUUUUCAAGCUGCUGCUGGCUUACAUUUUCUUAUGUCAAAUCAUUAUCAACUUUUGGGUGAUACAUUUUACAAAAAUUUUGAAAUCCCAUUAUUGGAAAAUCUUGAUACGCAUAAAUCAACAGUCAUUGCAAGCGAGGAAAAUUAUGAUAAUACAUUAACAGAGAUGAGUAACAAAAUUAAAGAAACGGAGGCAGAAAAUUUACGAAUUGGUCUUAAACGUCAAAGAGAUCUUACACAGUUUCGUAGAGCUUUACAAGAUUUGACUAGACAAGUAGAAGAUUUAGAUCGGAUGAAAACUGAAUAUCACAGGCAAACAUUAGAAACUGAACAAAAUAAUCUUAAAUUUAUUCUUUCAAAAGUCUCGACAGUUAUUAAGGCUGAAGUAGAUAUUUUUGAUAGAAUAUCUAGUAAAGGUUUAGCGGAUCCCUUGUUAGACACCAUGGUAACACAAGGUACAGAUCCUUUCUGCACAUAUCAAACUGCAGAUCAAUUUUCUGAGAUAUUUAGCGUUCUUCCGCCAGUUCCAAUAAUCAAUCAUACUGCCGACAUUUCAAGCACAACCACAACAGUACUAAACAGUUUUUCAAAUGAUUUUCAAAUUUAUAGUGAUGAGAAUAAUUAUUAUCGUCCACAAUUGUCAACCCAAAAAGAAAUUGUUGGUGAUGAUGAUGAGGCUCAAGGAACCUCUAAGGGUGUUUUUUAUUCAAAUAAUCAUCACUCUAAAAAAAUUUUCUCGAAUGUCAAUAGCAAUAUUAUUAACAACAAUCUUUUAAUUAAUAAAGUGGUGAUGGAAGAGGAGGAGGAGGAAACAGAAGCAGAGGGAAAAGAAAGCAAAAAUAACUUUGGAUCUGAAAAUACACCUAUGUUAAAGGAUAAUAAACAAAAUACAACUAUAGUAACUUCCAUUGAUAUUAAUAAAUCAUCAAAAAAAUCAUUAUCAUCAUCGCCUAAUAAUAUCAACAAUAAUAUAGCAAUGAAUCCAGUACAACAUCUACAGUCAUCAUCACUCGUCAACUCUGUUAUAUCUCCAUUUGUUCAUCAACAUUUUGACAAAUCAAAUAAAAGCGCAAUAAACAUUCCGGAUGAUGCCGAUAUAUUAAAUAACAAAGAAUUCAAAUUUGGAAGUGUUGAUGAUAGCAGAUUUGGUCAAAGUUUAACUAAAGAUUCACCAUCAUUAUUGUUUGUACCAAAUGAUGAAAUAAUGAAAUGA